CAAGCAUUCUUCACAUACAGAGUGGCUUUUGAUGAAUUCUCCCUCACUGUCACAGACAAACACACGCCUCAAAAUCCCGUCAGCCCACCAGCAGCGAGCAGCAGCACCAACACCAACAUGCCUUGAUCAGCGGGAUAACCAGCCAAAUGGAAGUAGAAUGCGUGGUCACAGACGGCGCUCAUGAGAACCACGGCAAUCUUGUACUCACGCUGGUUGGGUGUAUCAGUGGCAGCGGCAGCAGGGACAGUGGGAUGAAGACGACCAGGAUCAGCUUCCUCGCCCUCCACAGCUUCCUAAACAGAUCCAUCCUUGCUGCAGCUUCCAGCCUCAUGGGUCAGCUAGGGCUCUGGGUCAGAACUUAACAAAACCAGGUGUUGCCAACCAGCUGACGUCUCAAGCUGAACAGCCCAGAGAGAAGUGGAAACAACCGCCUGCAGUAAAGUUUUGCCUCUCAGACUGUGGCUGCUUUCUGGAGCUGUGAGCCCAGGCAGCAACACUAAAGGGAUUUCCUCCUCCCGACUCAGGGAUUGAAGGAGAAGAAGUCCACAAACUGAGGAGAAUGUUGCUUUGAACUUCGUCGUCUCCAUCUUCAUCAUCACCUGAACCCAUGUGUCCAAAACUUCGAAGCCGCCACAUCUGGCUGCUGCUGCUGCAGAACCUCCUGCUGUGGGGCUCGGUCCGGGCAUCCUCGACCCCCGGCAACAUCACCUCCAUGCCAGAGGACUGGAACAGCACCACCAUCCAGCUGCAGCCGGACCUGCAAACUGAGGCUCAGACCCCAACUGAGCCCCCAACUGAGCCCCAAACUCACAGACCCACCAGGAACUACACAGGUCUGUCCUGCACUCCCGUCCUGCCGCCUCGACGUGGCUCCUUCUAUGUGGAGACUGGAACUGGGUCAUCAGUAGGCAGCAUUCUGGUUUUCUGGUGUCGAGAUGGAUACCAACUGGUGGGCAGCGAGAAAAUCUAUUGCAACGUCCGAAAUGGAAAGCCACAGUGGAGCAACUACCUGCCUGUCUGCGAAGCGAUCCCCAGACCAGAGGACCGGGGGUUGAGAGUGGCUGUUCUGGCCUCGGUGGUGAGCGGCAUCGUCAUUCUCGCCAUGUCGCUCUCCUUCCUCAUCUGCUGCCUACAGGAGAGAUCCAGUCGAAGAAAAGCCAAGAAAGAAGCUCGCAGCAGACGGAGAGAGAAACGUUCUGCCCGCCGUGCUGAGUGGUUGGAGAGGGAGGAGGGAGAGUGGGAGGCCUACCCCCCUCCUAAGAUCUUCCACCUCUCGCAGAGGAUGAACCCCCGGCUGGCGCCCGACAGCCCGCUUUAUCUGACCGGAGGCCUCGGCGGUUACGAGAACCGAGGGUAUGAGAGGAGCCAGGAAAGUUUGUUGAAGAAUCCCAUGCCUGGGAUUUAUCGCUCAGACUCUCAGCUUUACCCUCAUGUGGUCCUGCAGAGGGUCCCCAUGGGCCCCUCGGCUCCCUCGGCACCAUCGGCACCUCAGUACCACCAUCUCCCCUCGACUUCUUCCGCCUCCACCCCAGCUCACACGACUGGCCACCCCGGACCUCACAUGAUGCCGCAGUAUCCCACGCCAACAUACCCGCCCAACCCAAACACGGCCAUCCACCACCCGGUCGCAGCACCGAUCUACCCCAACCCAAACCCGCUACCACAGCAGCCGUGGCAGUAGCUUUGAAGCAACAGCUUCCUCUUGACGGGAGACUUUCUGUGCUGCUCUGGGAGAACAGACCCUCGUGAUGGUGGCUUUCUUCUUUGCAUUUGCUCCAGAGCGAUGACCUGACAGAGUUUGGCUCGGAACACACUGGACUCGUCUUUUUAGGAUUUGUGUAGCAAAUCGGCAAAGUAGGUUGUGUAACUGAUGUAAUUUAUCAAGAAUAACUGUUUGGUGUGUCUGUUUUGAUAAGCCUCAUUCAGUUGCAUGUUGAUACGCAGGUCCUGAUUCUGACGGUGCGAAGGACACAGUUGUGUGAAGGUCCGCAUAUUUUAAUGGUGCGUUUGCGUUGCUUUCAUCAAUAAUUCAUACAUCCAAAAUGUAAUUGAUAACCAUAAUUUUUCCUUUUUUUUUAUCAGUUUUUAGACAUGAAACAAAAGAAAUGAAAUUAACACCAGAAAUGACACACUUCAAUCUUCACUGUAACAUUGCUAAAAUAAUUCAUUUAUGAAGCAGAUGUAGGUUUGGAUUAACUGUUAUUUUUAUCAUUCUUAUCUACUGAAUCAUGACGUGUGUCACAUGCACACACAUAACACACUACUGAAGUGUGUUUUUAUUUGUAUUGUUGGACUACAGAAGCCACACUAAUGAGGACGCACUUUAAACUUGACAUAGUGAUACGACAUACAUGAAUUCUGUAUAAAGUUGUUGUUGACUUCUUAACUGGAAUAAAAGUGAAAUUAUUUUCAAGCAAACGUCUCACUUUUCACAGCAUAUGGUUCUGGAAAAAGUUGGAGUCUUUGUUUUUGCAGAUGGAAAUGAGACUAGAUUUGCAUGAGAAAUGAAGUCCAUUUGGAUGCUCAAAAGGGUCCAAUGUACAAGGGACCGGAUUGUCCAAUAGCCCCUCAUCACAAAGUCCAUCCAGAGAUUUCAGUCACUGUAUCCGAUACAUUUUGGCACCAGGUUCCACAGUGAAACCGGUGAAAGCUUGACUUGGGACAUGUGGACUCUAUGUACAACUUUAAACUGAAUUAAACUGUGGCGGGCACAAAACAAUGUUUUAUUGACCAAUUUUAAAGUGGAGUUCCAAAAGUUUUCGUUUAAGGAAUUGUUUAGAUCCUCUUCCCAUGUUGCCUUAAGUUUAUUUGUAGCUUCCAUUCGCAGUUCAGAAAGGCCAGCAUAUAACAGUGAAAGGAUCCCUUUUUUAGUUGGGUUCAUCGACCGAAUGUCCUCCAACAUUUUCCUUUCUUUCACCGUGUGAGCCAAUAUUUGAAAUAGGACAUAGUGUCUCGCUUGUAAGCAUCUAAAAAAAUGUGUUUGUGGUAGAUUGAAUUUUUUGCUGAGCAUUUCAAAGGAAACUACGACAUUACCUUUGAUAAUGUCUUUAACAUCUUUAAAAUAAACAAUAACC